UCCUUUAGACAGUAAAACGCUACACUAAUUGUUAUAGAGAAAGUAUUUUAUAUAUAUAUUUUUUUGAUGUACAGUAUUGGUAAAACCACAGUGAUAUAAGAAAUCCAAUGAAUAUAUAGUAAGGAUAUUGUUUAAACUGAGAUACCGAGCUUGUUUGGAGACUGUUACAGAAAUAAUUUCCGUGGACUAGUGGAUAAGGAUUUAAAGCGAUUUCUUUCCGCGUAGAUCAUUGGAUAGAAUUUCAAUCCGUGUGUUUGCGAGCUGUGAUUUCUCGAAAUUGAAGGGACAAAUAUUGUCUAUAUUGUUAUAUCCGUGAUCACUGAAGGGUAGAAUACGCUAUUUCGCAAUACUUUAAGUUUGAUUGAAGGCGUCAGUUGUGUUUGUUUAAAAGCUCGGUAAAUGGGCGCUUAUAUAUGAUACACAAGAGGAUAACUGGAUGAAAUUACACUGUCUUUCAAUUCCUUCCCAACCAAAGGACACAUGUAAUUAAGAAAACUUGAGCACAAGAAGUGAUUAAUGGAAAAUAUUUCAAAAUGAUCAUGCGGCAAAGACAUUGAAUGCAAAGUUAUGCAUUUUUGUUUGUAUUUGUAACAAAUAAAGGACAUCCUGUUGGUAAAGGUAUUUCGCGUAACAACAUGUAAAAUGGCUGUUCAACGACAGUCAUUUGUAGAGCACGUGACUUGCCCGAUUUGUUUGGAUUUACUUUAUAAUCCGCGUGCAUUGCCAUGUAUGCAUACAUUCUGUGCAGAAUGCCUAAACUCCUAUAUCACAAGUGAUUUUAAAACUGGUGAUGAUCAAGGCUUUGAAUGCCCGGUCUGCAAAAACUUCACCAAGCCGCCAGGAAAAGGAAUACAUCCACGUUUAUGGGCAUACAAUUUUCCAGUUAAUUUUGCACUUAAUGGACUUGUGGAUGAGAUAAAAACAAGACAAAAAAGAAACUCCGGCACCAAAAACGACGGUAAUGAAACGAAAGGUGCUAGGUGCACAAGCCAUUCGAAUAGAGUUAUUGAGUUUGAAUGCAUAGAUCACAGCGACUCAUUUUGCAGUGUAUGCGCAGCACUCUUCCAUAGAAACUGCAAGCAAGUGAAUUUUCUGGAAUAUAAAGGAAUCCAAAUGACUAAGCUAGCUCCGAAAGACCGAAAUCCCAAUGAAAGCUCACUUGGUGUUAGUAAGAAGCACAAACGCGUUAUUAGGAUUAGUAAAAGUUUUGAUGAUGAAGAAACCAUUCCAAAAUCAGUUGAUCCUCAAGUGCUGAUGAACGAUUUCGAUAGAGCGCGUUCGAUUGAUGAAAUUCGGAACGAAGAUGAAACUUUACCUAAAGUUAUUCAAGAAAUACAUGAACAGUCAAUAGCAAAUACCCGAACUGUGUUGUCUAGGUUAUGUGUUAAAACUCCGGAAGACCAUGAACACCAAAAUGCUGUUCUGAAAAAGACUACUAUUCCCCCAAAACAACUUGCUCUUUCAAGUCAAGAAAUACACACACAAACGGAUGCUAUACUUCCCUAUGUUGAGAAUAACGUGGAAGAAUCACCAAACCCAGCAAUAAGCAAUUUGAACGACAUCUUAGAAGAAGACGAAGACAUAAUUUCUGUCGUCAUAGAUAAGGACGUCUCCAAGUCACACGUUAACGUAAUAAACGAAUUCUAUAUACGUGCUCAAUGUGAUCAAAAAUGUUGUUCUGUGACAGGACUUUGCGCUCUAACAGAUGGAAAACUGCUUCUAGCUGACAAUUCUAACGGAAACGUCAAAUUGUUUGACAGUAACGGAGUAUGUAAAGCUUACGUUAAGCUCGAGUCAGAGCCUUGGGAUGUUACAGCCAUCGAGCAAUAUGAAGCAGCCGUCAGCUGUCCUACAUCCGCGUGUAUACAUAUCUUGCUCAUUUGUGAUACCAUGACCAUAACUAGAACAAUAAACCUAAACAAAAGAUGCUAUGGGAUUACUUACCACAACGGUGAGAUAUACAUCGCAAUGGAGAACGAAAUACGUAUUAUUACCUACGAAGGAAAAUUAGUACAGAAAAUUGGUUCCGAGUCCAUAAGAAAGAAACUUUUUACAUUACCGUUUUCAACUCCAAAAGCUGUGUUCAGGUCUGCAAAGUACAUAAGCUUAAAUACUGAUCAACAAAGUGUAGUCAUUUUGGUUUCCGAUUCCUCAAAAGUUUGCGUUACAUCUAUGAAGAGACAGGGCCAAGUUUUAUCUCUACUUAGAUUUGCCGAGGAGGACGGUGUACCAUUUGGAGUAUCUGCUGGUAGAGGGGGCGAAUUCUGGGUUUGCCAAGAUCCGAACAAACUAAUUGCCAUAAAUUCGGAUGAACAUGGAAAUCGUAUAAAAACUGUUCUUGAACUGGACGCCAUACAAGCUGUACACUUUAAUAAGCUUUCAAAGCUAGUUUGGGUUUCACGUAGAUCACAUAAUUUCAUCACAGUUUACAAAGUUCAAAAAGAUUCUUUAUAACGAUUUCUUACUAGAGCAUGAAAGCUGUGCAUUAGUCACAUUAAUUUAAUCUUUUUUUAAUCUUUUUACAAAACAGAUACAUUUGUAUGAACUGAUGAAAAGGUACCAUGUGAAAGAAUUACUUUAUUAGGCCAUUUUAACCUUUACCCUGCUAAAUUUCUAAAAUGGAUUGGUCCAUCAUUCAAAUUGGGUAAUACCAUUUAUUAUUCGAAGGGAUGUUCACUGAAUUAUUACUGACUGAAUAGCGGACAGUGCAGACCAUGAUCAGCCUGCACUGGUCUGCAUUGGUCGCAAGCUCAAAACCAAUUGCCGCCAGCAGGCUAAAGGUUCAGAGAAAUUAUUUUACUUUCAUUGUAGGUUUCAGGUAUUACAAAGUGUACCUUUUAUAGAUUUAGCCUAGAUUUGACUGUAGUUAACCUUUUUGAUACACGACUUUGAUUUACAUUAAUGCAUCGUUUAAUUGUUUUAAUUAUGAUUGGAUGAAUACUUUUAUUUUAUUGUCAUAAAUCUAUAAAUUGUGACUCAUGUUUGUGUUGCUGUACAAAGUUUCUAAGUAACUAAUUAUUUAGAUAUGUUAUCUGCUUUUUGUGUGUCCUAACCCCCCCCCCCCCCCCCCCGAGAUAAAUAAAUAACUAUUUUGUAGGGGCCUUUAGAUUCCCCUUUGUCCGUCCAUCUGUCCAGAUGUCCGUCAGUUCGUACGAUGAAUUUUGUCGUUGACAAUAUAAAACUAAAGUAAAGUUGAAAUAUUUUCGUGAAAUAUUGGAGACUUGUGUCAGAAGGGUCCAUUUUAAGCAUUUAUUAUACUGCAAUUCAAUUUAACGCGGGCACGCAAAUGUCAUUGAAAGGUCAUUUCAAAUUUUACCAUUAUUUCCAUUUUACCAAAAAAAUAAA